UUGUUACAAGUUUAUACGCAGCCAGUAUCCUUAUUCUAAUACACUCAACCGACAGGCAGUAAUCUCCAGAAAAGUCAGUGCAGCUAACUUUUAGCUCCGGUGCUCCUACCUAAAUACAUGUAAAAGGAGAAUUCGUUUUUCUCGACAACCAUUGCAUCAAAUUUCACGAGGUUUGUUGCACUUAAAAGCAAAACUUAAUAUCUAGUGAAUGCUGGUUUCUAAUUUUUUACUGCGGUUGUCAACUAUUUAAAAUUGUCGAAAAUUGAAAAGUUUGAGAAAACGAAACUAUGAAGUUUACAAUUAACUCUAACUCGGCAAUGAAAAACGAUAUCACAAUUCUGUGAACUGCACUUUUUUUUUAAUCAGCAGGGCACUCUAAGUAUUUACCUGCGAGCUUGAGAAUCUGUACGACGCAUACGCCACUGUUCUCCUCGUUGUCUUCGUCCCGCCAGUAUGCGUCGUAACGCAUCGUAUUGUCAAAAUCCAAUUCAUUUUCGGGAUGGAAGUUAUUGACAUCGGUUACCGGUAUAACAUAUCGUUUGUCUGUCUUGUCUUCAACAAAUCGCACAAGAGCAAACAUCGCGCUUACUGAUACGAUGCACGCGUGCAAAACGAUCCGCAACACAAACGCGGCACCACGAAGCCGUGCGACACUCGCACCGCGCGCGCUCAGAUGCGCGGACUGCGGAGGAACACUAAUUGGCCUUCUCACGCUCUGGAGUUCUGCGGAGGGUUUGGAACACCAACAUGUAGAUCGCGCAUGUGCGUACAUUAAAUGGUAGUACAUUUUUAAUAAAGGGUAUUUGUUCAUACUUCAUAACAUGUAUUAUUGUAUAUUAUUCAUUUAUAAACAAUAUAUGACUCUUUACCAAAAGAGUUUGUAAAUUGCACGGUUGCGGAGCAUUUGCGGUGCGGGGUAUAGUGCUGCAGCACAAAAGGUUAUGGUAGAUUUUAGUCCAUGCGCAUGUGGUCCGCGCUCUCGACGCUCUGUUUGUCCGUGGAUCAAGAGCUUUAUCUCGUUCGCGAUUACAUAGCUGUACUUGUCUUGGAUACCAAAUGGCACCGCGAAAAAGGCGUAAAGUCUAUCUCGACCCUGGAUCAAGCAGCAGCAUGCCGAAGUCAACAAAGUGGCUCCUUCACCAUCCACUUGGCGCCGCUCCGCGAACACCAAAAGGUCACAAGUCGCCUAUGACAUCAACGAGAUCGCCAACAUCGCCAGCAAACUCUCUCGAGGACCAAAUCUGUGAUGAGUCUACAUACACAGACUUAACCCGAGAGAAGGACAGUGAUGAAGACUGCAGUGACUUUAGUGAUGGUGAACACCCAACUUCCGAUGCAUCUUUCUCCCAACCGGUGUCCGCGAAGGAAGACUGUUUGCCGGGCGAAAAUAGUGCGUGUCCGAGCGGUGAUCCGAAACAUAUAGAUGCUGAUGAACUCUGUGAACCAUUCAUUGAAGGUGGAACAGUCACCCGAGGAGAUGCCUAUAUGCUGCUGUUGGACUUGGCAAUUAAAUUUGGCCUAUCCUGGGCUGCAAUUGAAGACAUUCAGAAGCUUUUCAACAACCUUUUUGAGAAGAAAUGUUUUCCGGAAAGCAAAUACCUCUUCAAGAAUUUUUGUGGAAUUGACAUGAAGGAUGUGAUUUUCAAUUUUUACUGCGCAGAUUACAAGCAUCUGCUUGCUAAAACAACGGGAUGCCUGGAGCUGCGUCAAAAACUAGAAGUCAAAUGUACAGUCUGCAACACAAAAUAUGUAGGCCGUGAUCUUGUGCGCACAGGCAGCUUUUUUGUAACUUUGCCAAUUGAGAAGCAGCUGAUGGCAAUUCUUUCUAGCAAGACAGCCAACAGUGCGCUAGCAGCAAACCUCAGCCGGCCACAGAGCAGUAAUGGCUUAAUGACUGACAUCUUGGAUGGCCAUCAAUACCGCACUGCACGUGAAAAGGUUGGGAUGGCUACUCAUGAUUUAACAUUGACUGUGAACAGUGAUGGCAGUCCUGUGUUGAAGUCGUCAAAGUACAGCAUAUGGCCUGUGCAAAUAAUUUUAAAUGAAUUACCACCCCGGCUGCGUUGGAGCAAUGUAAUGGCACCACUCCUGUGGUAUGGGCAUCAGCAUCCAAAUAUGCCAAUGCUGCUGCAGGCAUUUGUGCAUCAACUGGAGCAGCUAAAUGCAACUGGUAUCACGUGGACACUUGCUGGCACACAAGUACGCUCUAAGGUAAAUGAUCCCGAACAGAAAAUUUUAACACAUUUACGACACAACUCUUGAGUAUAUAUUCACAUGAUAUU